AUGGACUCCAUCUCACCUGGUUCGUGGCUUUCCACUGGCAGAAUCUCCUCAUCUGAUCCACUUGUCUCUCACGGAUGCCACUUUGGUCAAACAGUAUUCACGCUAUGCAACUACCCUUCCUUGCUCACCAAUGGUAUCUUGAGACUGGAACAGAUGGAAGAUACUCCACUGGAGGAUUUUUCCGCUGAACGGAUUGGCAAGGGAGCUGCAGGGGCGAGAGGUGACGACAUGAAAACAUUAAAGUCUGCAAUACUUGAUUGGAUUUCCCUGAGAGGAGAGGCGAUCCAGCCUCCUUUACACAGAAACUCAAAGGUUGACCGUGGAUUCAACCAUGAGCUUACAGGAUCCCUACUUUGUCCCACCAGAUUAGACUGGAGUGACUCACAGACCAAAGAAAACCUCAGAAGUGGCAAACUGUUGGUCUGUGGAGACCAAUGGCCAGUUUUUUUGUAUUCCCACCAUACUUACAAACCCGAAGAUCCAGUGGCUUACAAGCACGUUUUCACGUCUCCAAGUUCGGUUGACAAGGAACCAAAAGCGACGCAAUCUGGUAAUGCUCGCCUCCAUGGCAUGAAGUCUGUCACCAUUGCUUCCAUAGCUUAUAUUGCAACCCAGGUCCAAUUCGCUUUAAGUUCCUCCUCGGUGUUUUCAAGGACCAACACAACCACAGACUUGGAGACAUUCUACCAUAGCCUCCUUGACCUACUGGAAGAUCCUGACGAAUCUGAGGAAGUUGAGGAACUGCUGACAUGCCAAGUAUUUCCUACUUCCUCUGCUGCCAAGCGACCUCUCAGCAUUAACAGCGCGUUGUCAAAUAUCCGACAGAAACACCUUGCUGCGAAACAAUCUUCGAAUCUGAACAUAGCCUCUUUGUAG